CCUGAGACCAUCUCCUCCGCCUCCACCAAAGUGCCCGUCAAGUACGGGGAGCUCAUCGUGCUGGGGUACAAUGGCUCCCUGCCCAACGGCGACCGAGGGAGGCGCAAAAGCCGCUUUGCUCUGUGCAAGAGACCCAAGGCCAACGGGGUGAAGCCCAGCACUGUGCACGUAGCCUGCACACCUCAGGCAGCCAAGGCCAUCAGCAACAAGGACCAGCACAGCAUCUCCUACACCCUGUCCCGCGCACAGACGGUGGUGGUGGAGUACAUGCAUGACAGCAAUACGGACAUGUUCCAGAUCGGCCGGUCCACAGAGAGCCCCAUAGACUUCGUGGUGACGGACACGGUGGUGGGGAGCCAUGGUAACGGGGAGGCUCAGACCGCGCAGAGCACCAUCUCGCGCUUCGCCUGCCGCAUCCUGUGCCAGCGCAGCCCCCCCCACACUGCACAGGUCUACGCCGCCGGCUUCGACUCCUCCAAGAACAUCUUCCUGGGGGAGAAAGCGGCGAAGUGGAAGACGUCGGACGGACAGAUGGACGGGCUGACGACCAACGGCGUGCUGGUGAUGCACCCGGGACACGGCUUCACGCAGGACUCCCGGCCGGGCGUGUGGAGGGAGAUCUCUGUCUGCGGCAACGUCUUCACCCUGAGGGAGACGCGCUCCGCCCAGCAGAGGGGCAAGAUGGUGGAGAACGAGACGCAGGAGCUGGUGGACGGCUCUCUGAUAGACCUGUGCGGGGCGACCCUGCUGUGGCGCACGGCGGAGGGGCUGUCGCGCACGCCCACGCUGAAGCACCUGGAGGCGCUGCGGCAGGAGAUCAACGCGGCGCGGCCGCAGUGCCCCGUGGGCUUCAACACGCUGGCCUUCCCCAGCAUGCGCCGCAAGGACGUGCUGGACGACAAGCAGCCCUGGGUCUACCUGCGCUGCGGCCACGUGCACGGCUACCACAGCUGGGGCGGGGGCCGGGCCCCGGGGCCCGGGCCGGAGGAGGAGCGGGAGCGCGAGUGCCCCAUGUGCCGGGCCCGCGGCCCCUACGUGCCCCUGUGGCUGGGCCAGGAGGCCGGCUUCUACCUGGACGCCGCCCCGCCCACGCACGCCUUCGCCCCCUGCGGACACGUCUGCUCGGAGAAGACCGCCGCCUUCUGGAGCCAGAUCCCCCUGCCGCACGGCACCCACACCUUCCACGCCGCCUGCCCCUUCUGCGCCCAGCAGCUGAGCGGGGAGCAGGGCCAGGUCAGACUCAUAUUCCAGGGCCCUCUGGACUAGCCUCCGCCCCCCCACCCUGGGGGCUCCGCGUGAGGCAAAGAAGUAUAAGCUAGUUUCUCCGUUUUUUUGUUGUUCGUUUUCUUUUUACGUUUUCCUUUCUCUACCCCCCCCCCCCCCUUUUAUCCGGACUGUUUUCAAGUGACCUUUUAAAAUGCUUUUUAAUUUUUAUUUACGACGAAACGAAACAAAGAUGACUAUAUUUUCAUGCAAUACGACGUAGGGACGAAAAUAGCCUCGCACCCUCAUGCAGACGUUAAACGGGUGAACUUUUUUUGCAAAGUCUGAGCAGUAUUUUAUUACUAAUAUAUUGUGGAAGGCGGGUUUUACUAUUCUGUAAUGCAAUAUACACCAUUAUACAUCAUUCAGA